AUCCCACUCAAAUUGUCGGGUCAACCCUAACCCUGCCCCCUGGCAAGUGCCGAUAAGGACAGCUUUCCCGUCGCAAUCCUUAUCGCAUGUCGUCAGUGUCAGGAUGCUGCUGACUGCCUACCUUAUCCCAACAACUUCCACGCGCAAAUCAUACAACUUCAUCCAAGCCUAAACGAAGAGUUCUUUUUGAUAUCAUACAGAGACUCUUGAUUGCUAUUCAUCACAACCAAAAUGCCUGAUCAAAUCACAUCCGCCGCCGACUGGCGCUCCACCGUCAGCAGCAAUGCCGUGGUUGUCGCUGAUUUCUACGCCGAUUGGUGCGGUCCGUGCAAGAUGAUAGCCCCCCAUUUCCAGUCUCUCGCCAACAAGUACGCCAAGCCCCGCAAGAUCGCGUUCGUCAAAGUCAACGUCGACAACCAAGGCGAGGUCGCCCAGCAAUACGGCGUGCGCGCCAUGCCCACCUUCCUGAUCUUGCACAAUGGCUCCGUCAUCAAGACUAUUCAAGGCGCCAACCCACCUGCUCUUACGUCGGCUGUUGAGGCGGCGAUCAAGCUUGCUGGACCUGGGGCGGUAGGGGGGUCGUCGUUCAGCAGUGGUGGUCAGAGACUGGGUGGGACGCCGGUUGGGGGGCAGAGAGUCGGUUCGGGGCAGAGGGUUGCGAGGCCGAUUUCGUGGGAUAUUAAUCAGUUGGUUAAUGCUGUGCUGAGCUUUUUGGGCUUGUAUUUUGUUUCGUUGCUUUCGCUUGACCCCUACAAGUCGGCAGAAGCGUCCCGGUUUAACAAAAAGAACCCGCCGGCGGCGGCCAAGCCGGCGACUGGGCCUGGUGGGAGGCCGGCUGGACGGGCUACGUUCAAGACGUUGAAUGAUUUGGGGAGUGAGUGA